AAGACAGGAUGCCACCAUUGCGAGUCCGGCACUCUAGUCGUAUGCUAUUGUCAUGCUCCUCUUGUCGUCACAAUGAUGAAUGAGGAAAACAGGCUCGAGCAUCCAUGAUCGAUCGCCUCAUGUGCUCGACCCUCACCCGUGGUGGCAUUCAGUUUCUGCGCCACUCUCGUGUCUAUCUCCCACCUGUCCCUAUCACUAGUAAACCCUUUCCUUCUCCUUUCGGCGAUUACCGCGCCCUAUCCUUCAUGGAGAGGGCCAACGUCAAUACUAGUCAGUUCUCUUCUUUCGCUCAUUCCAGUCGAAGUGAUAGUGGCGGUAGGGGAAGAGGUAUGGAGAUGAAAAAUAGUCAAGAAAGAUUUAAAGGACGAGGAGGUGGUUCAGGCAAAGAUAAAAUCGAUGCUCUAGGUAGACUUAUGACUCGAAUUCUGCGCCAUAUGGCCGCUGAGCUAAACUUGAAUAUGCGGAGUGAUGGCUAUGUCCGAGUUCAAGAUUUAUUAAAGCUGAACAUGAAGACAUUUGCCAAUAUUCCAUUACGGUCACACACUGUUGAUGACAUUAGGGAGGCUGUCAGGACGGAUAACAAGCAGCGGUUUAGCUUCCUAGAGGAGAACGGGGAGCUGUUGAUUCGUGCAAACCAAGGGCACACAAUAAAGACAGUUGAAUCUGAAAGCUUAUUGAAACCAAUCCUCUCAGCGGAGGAAGUGCCAGUGUGUGUGCAUGGGACCUACAGGAGGAAUCUAGAAUCGAUUUUGCAGUCUGGUUUAAAAUGCAUGAAAAGAUUGCAUGUUCACUUUUCUUGUGGCUUGCCAACAGAUGGUGAAGUAAUUAGUGGUAUGAGACGGGAUGUUAAUGUCCUAAUUUUUAUUGAUGUGAGAAAAGCUCUUGAAGAGGGAAUGUUGUUCUAUAUUUCAGAUAACAAGGUGAUCCUUACUGAAGGUUUUGAUGGUGUUGUGCCUGUAAAGUACAUUCAGAAGAUAGAAUCGUAUCCUGAUGGACGAGCCAUACCUUUUUAAGACUCUUUAUCAAGAGUAGCUUUGGACAUGAACAAGAAAACUUUCGCUGGUAUGUGUUUUCAAAACGCUAUUAUAUUUUUCUAAAUAUUUUUCCCUUUGCUUUUAUCAUAUAUCUGAUAUGUUAGUAACAUUUUUUAGUGGUGUCGACUAUUAUUAUUCAACUGGAAUCCUGGUAAGUUGAACAUACAUCUAAUCCUAAAACUCUACAAUGUCCAUGUAGGCAUGUAUUUAUAAACGUAUUUAGUAUCUUGGCGGCA